UUGUGUCGUUUAUCAAUUUGUUCAUAGCCAGAUACAAGAUUAUAGUGGCAUCUGAAAUGAAUAUGUUAACAUCGUGUGUUCUUGUUCUGUUUGCUGCAAUUCAACUGGCCGGAAAAUGUGAUGCAUACUGUGGUGAUAAGUGCAGCGGCAGCAGCAAACCAUAUUGUUGCGAAACUCUAGGUCGAAGUUUUUGCGCCUACGACUUUUCAGAGUGCGCGCAGAGGCGACCUGUCCCAACAAAAAAAACAUUUUCUUCAAAUCAACCAUUUCCGCUGCCCGUUAUUAUCGUGGCCAGUUUAUCCGCUUUUGUGAUUUUAUUGGGGGUUCUCUCAGUUUGUUGGUGUGUAUGCAAAAAACAACCCCUGGAAAACUACGGCUCCUUUAUGAAUGGCAGGGCAGCCACGUAUAAUGAAUCAGGUGCUGAGACUGGUCAAGUCAAAUCCGUUCCAAUAACCGAACCGCCGCCUUCUUACGAGCACGUCACAAACAACCGUCUUGCCUUCGUGUGUAGGGACUCUCACGCCGAUGGUUCACCGCCAGCUUACACUACAGUACAUCAUACCGACAAUGAAUCGGACACAGUGUUUGUAGAGGGGGUGUAAAAGUUUAAUUGAAAAAAGCAAAACGGACGAAGAUCUUAGACGAUUAAUCAUGCCCUGACCCACGGCGUGCUAUAACAUAAAGUGGGCCAUGUACUGACCGAAUAAAAAGUCAUUACGCUUUGAACAAAAAAAAACGAAGAUGAAAGUCAGACAUUUAAAGAUGUACUGACCAAAAGCGGGAGAGAAAGAUCACGCAAGCAUUUUUUUUGUUGGAGAUACCUUUAAUUUUGGCCAAAAAGAAAACCAAAAAAUGAAACCUGUCACCUUAACUUGAUAUAAAUGCCAUGCAACAACUCUUACCUACAGAGUUAUCUUUGGUCUUCCAUAAUUUCCCCACCAACGAGUGGAACGACGGAUUGAGUUCCAUACAUUGGAUGUUCAUUGCUGUAGUCGUAUAGUAGGGUGGAGGAAGAUGGGACACCUUUUCGUGCUAUUUUCUCGUCUCAUUUAGUAGUAAACAAAGAAUUAUAAAACCGUAUCCUCACAACUCCCAUGGACCGUUGUUAAUUGUUUAAAGCACGAUCAGGAUAUUACGUGCUAAAGGCGUCCCGUCUUUCCCACAAUACUAUAUAUAUUUUAGCAGCAAAUCCAUUUACUGUGCGCUAGCUAUACUGUGUAACUUAUAGUUGGUCCCUUUAUCGUUUUUUAGUAAUACAAUUGAUCAUUUUAAAUGUUAUACGCAUUAAAGUUUCCUUUUACUACGAUGGGCCAUGCAUUCUGGAUUGAUUUAAAAGAUCGUCACGCGAAAACCUGAUUUAUUUUUCGAAGGCAUGAAAUGUGACGUGUUCAUGACGUCACAGAAAAAGAACGCUAUUUGCACCGCGGAAAAAAGGUUCCGCAGAUAAAAGUGCAGAUCUUUAGU